AUGUCGGCCUCCAACCUGCCCGACUGGAAAGCCGAACUCAUCGACUUCGCCCUCUCAAACAACAUCCUCACCUUCGGGUCUUUCACCCUCAAAUCCCAUCGCAUCAGUCCCUACUUCGUCAACUGCGGGCUCUUCUGUCGCGCCAAAUUGAUCCGCGCCAUCUCCGCCGCCUACGCUCGCACACUGCAUGCUUACACUCUGGAACACCCGGAAUUCGACUUUGAUGUCCUCUUCGGCCCGGCGUACAAAGGGAUCCCGCUAUGCGCGACAACGGCGGAGAAACUUGCGGGCGUCGAUGAGCGGAAAUGGGGGGAGGUGGGGUACGCGUUCAACCGCAAGGAAGUCAAGGACCACGGCGAGGGGGGCUUAAUUGUAGGGGAGAGUCUGCAGGGCAAGCGGGUGGUGAUUAUCGACGAUGUCAUGACUUCCGGCAAGGCGAUUCGCGAGGCGAUUUCCAUCAUUCAGCAGCAAGGCGGGAAGUUGGUGGGGAUUGUCGUGGCGCUGGAUCGGCAGGAGAAGAUGCCGAGUGAGGCGGAGAAGGCGGGCAAGGGGGAUGAUGGGAGUGCGCGAGGGAGUACGAUUGGAGAGGUGCGGAGGGAGACGGGCGUGCCGGUUAUGGCUGUCCUGACGCUACGCGAUUUGAUUGCGGGGAUGGAGCAGAAGGGGCGGCAUGAGGACGUGGCUGCUAUGCAGGAGUACUACCGGAAGUACGCUCCUAGUGAUUGA